AAGUUUGACACAAGUUCCAUCUUCUACAAUUCUUCUUCAUAUAACAGUUGUUCUUAUGUCUAUUUUAGCCUCUGGUAUUUUGAUAUCAAUGCUUUUAAAAAGAUGUAGGAUAAUAUACAUGUUGUUAUACAGUAUAUUAUAGAGACAGCCUAUCUGUGAUAUAAAAUACUGUUAAGUGGGUCUGUGUAUAAGGUGUAUGAGUGAUUCCAGCAUACUGUGUGCGCAGGUAAAGAUCGAGUCCACGUCCUGUCUUCUCGCAUGUGUCUGCGCGCAGCUCUGCGCCGCUGCAGCGUCUGUGCGCUCCGCUCCGCCUGUGUCUUUUCAGGGAGGAGCGCACCUUGUUUGGCUCAGUCUCCUCCGCGCGCAAGGCGGACCUUCUCCUGCGGACACUGGAGAGGCAACCGCCAACACUCAUAUCGGGAAACGGCCACCAAGCGUCUCACUUCAUGGAUUGUUGGAAAUUUUAAAAAGGAAAUAAAUUCUUAUUUUCAAAGACUGAUAUCGUCCUCGGACAUAUUUCCACUUUUUUUUUUUGCGUGUAGUUUUCAAAGUGAACAAGCCUGGAGAAUGUUAUUGCAGAGUAUGUUCAUCUCUGGAUGUUCGUGGUUGAGAUGGAUGGCCACAUUGCUUCACGUGGUUCUGUUCCUGCAGCUGGUGGUGUGGGAGACGACGGAGGCCAUCCACCCAGACUGUGCCCUGGUGGUUCAGCACAUGAAGGCUCAGGAGGACUGUAACCAGAUCCUCAAACAGGAGGAGAGCAACCACUCCACCAGGACAGGUUGUCCUGCAGCGUGGGAUGAGAUCCGUUGCUGGUAUCGUGCUGAGGUGGGACAGCUGGUCAGUGUCUCGUGCGCCAAUAUCUCCCAGCUGUUUGCUAACAACCAAGGUUACAUCUACAGGAACUGCACCGAGGACGGAUGGUCCGACCUCUACCCCUCCUACGAGGAGGCCUGCGAGUUCACAGAAUACGAAGAGACAGAACCAGAGACAACAUACUUCUCCAACUUCAAACAGGUGUACACUGCUGGCUACGCUACAUCCCUCAUCUCUCUUAUAUCGGCUAUUUUUGUCUUCACCGUGUUCAGGAAGUUUCACUGCACCAGGAACUACAUCCACAUCAACCUGUUUUUCUCCUUCAUCCUGAGAGCGAGCGCUGUCUUCAUUAAAGAUGGUGUUCUUUUUUCUGAUGAAAACCUGGACCACUGCUUCAUGUCUACUACGUCCUGUAAAUCAGCCGUGGCCUUCUUCCAGUUCAGUAUCCUGGCCAACUACUUCUGGCUGCUGGUGGAGGGCAUGUACCUGCAGACGCUGCUGGCUCUCACCUUUGUCUUCCAGAAGAAAUACUUCUGGUGGUACAUACUCAUCGGCUGGGGUCUCCCAACAACUAUCAUAAUGGCGUGGAUCCUCACUAGAAACUUCUAUGAUAACAAGGGGUGCUGGGAUGACACAGAUGUGGCCUUCAUCUGGUGGAUCAUAAAAGCUCCAAUAACUGCAUCACUACUGGUGAACUUCAUCAUCUUCAUCAAUGUGAUCCGCAUUCUGGUGCAGAAGCUGAGAUCGCCUGGUGUCGGUGGCAAUGACACCAGUCACUUCAAGCGGCUGGCCAAAUCCACUCUGCUCCUCAUCCCUCUGUUUGGGAUGCACUACAUGGUGUUUGCCUUUCUGCCAGAAAACACAGGAGCAGAGGCCCGAAUAUUCAUCGAGCUCGGCCUGGGAUCCUUUCAAGGAUUCGUUGUGGCUCUGCUCUACUGUUUUCUAAAUGGCGAGGUUCCGGUUUACUACAUGAAUGCAAGUUUCUCAUUUGGCAUUUUCAUAUUUGGACAGGACAAAGCUGCUUUUUUUUUGGGUUGUCCGUCCGUCCGGUCCAUUGAAUGCAAUAUCUCAGGAACACCUUGAAGGAAUUUCUUCAAACGUGGCACAAACGUCCGCCUGGACUCAAGGAUGAAUUAAUUAUAUUUUGGUGUUAAAAGAUUACUGUUGGUUACUAUAGGAUAAAAUGAUGAAGUGACGAUAUUUUGGAGAAAUUACAUGAUUUUCCAAAAUGCAAACUGCAUCAUGACAGUACAACAGGCACUAAUUCUAGUUCUUAUUGUCAACAUCCCAUGAAAAGACCAAAACCAACAAUGUGUCCAUCUGUAUUCUCCAAUGCUCUCGAGCUGCCCUCCCCUGUCUGUGGCUCUCAUCUACAAGCCCAUUGGUUCCUAGAAGAAGCACAUCUUUUAAAAACGACUCAGAAACAUUUUAAACACUGCUCUUUAAUUUCUAAAAACACACUGUAACAAACGUUACUCAAACAUGAACAAAUACUCCAAUUGUUGGGGACUAUUUUCAGCGGCGGUUUAAUACACAUUUUAUUACUUUUUCUCCAACAACUCUUCCGAAAAGAGGUUAACACUGUUGCACAGGGUGACAUGAUUCUUCAUUACCAUGAGCGGUUUAUUUUGACUCAAUCCCAAAUACACACCGUCCUGCUGCCACAAGGCAGGCUAACAAGGCUAACUGGACAGUAUUAGAAGUUUGAACACAUGUUUUGGCUUUGGUCUCUUCAGAGGAUCUGUUUACAAUAAAAAAAUAAAAUAAAGAAUGACAUCAGCCUUUUCCUUUAAGCCAAAAGACUUGGGAAUAUUUACCCCACACAGCAACAUUGAGCCAACAAGUUAAAAACAUUUAUUGUCGAUAUUUCCAUAAUGUACAAAAAAACCCUUCUAAUGUGCACGACAAAACGAGAUCAAAUGGUGCACUGUGUAGUGAAAGAGAUCAAAUUGAAAAAAGAAGAGCUCAUGAGCAGACAGUAGGCUCGCAGUAGAGUGCUUCAAGUUACUUUUACAUUCAGCCAUCAGUACACAAACUGCUUUUUUUUUUUUUUUUUACCUCUAGCUGAUUUAAAGAGGCAAUUGGUACAAUGAAGCAAUACAAUAAAAAAACACCAUCAAAAAGCUAAAAAAAGAGUCACAUUUGAAAUCAACUUUCUUGUCAUGCUAUGCUGUAAAACUCAGUAAGAACAAAAAGGGUACAGCAAUGUUUUAUGGCACUUUACUUUUCCUCAUGUUUGCAAUGAUUAACAUUCAAAGGAAAAGUAUUCAAUGUGUCCUGACGGGACUAGAGCUACAAUUCGAUAAAUCGUUCACAGUUGAAACCCAAUAUUCAUGUUCUAGCUUAUUCAUUGCCUCGUCCCUUUCGUAAACAAGCACAAAGCUCAGAUUCCCUUAAUGGGCUGAAAGCUCCACCCUAUACCUUGUGAUUACAUCUGCUGGUCAAGUGAGAUCAAAACGAUUUAACACGCAUGCGUCAGCCUAUUAGAGAGUACAGAGGCAUUACAGGAUUUAUACUUUUAGCAAACACGAUCACCAUUGAGAAAAAUCAUUGAAAAAAGAAAAAUGAAAACAAUCACAGCGUUAUUCACUUUGAACCACAGAAAACUCCAUUUACAAGGUACAACGUUGGCAGCUUGUUUCUGUGUUAAACUGCAGUAUAUUUAGUCACAAAGGCUGACUACAGACCUUUAGAAGACUUCAUCUAACUACUUCAUAGUUCAGAGACUGUAAUUAAUAUUUACCUUAUAAUAAUAGCAACAUCUUUGUCUGACAUCAACAUAGUACUGGCAAUAUAAGGCUCCAAACCCAUAUUAACACGAAAGGAAAAUAAUUAAUAGAUUUAUAUAUAUAUAUUUUGACAACCUCACGACCCGGUGAGGUUGUCAAAAUGUCUGUAAUGAGCUCAACUGAACAUUGAACUGAACCAGAGUAGAGGUGGUGAUUGUCCAGCCCUUUCCCCAAACAUCACAAGAUGAAACCGGACCCCUCCUAUGGCUGCUGUUAGACCUGCAUCUGUUUAGUGCAGGUCGCACUGAAUACACACACACAGCAGAAGAACAAUACAGUUUCCGGUCAGCCCUUCUUUUCUUUCUUUGCCUUCGCGUGGUCUGGACUUCCAGAAAUAAGUCAAUUUGGUAGUUUGCAGGUCAAGAGAUGUGCUUUUAGAGUAAAACAUAAAUGUGACAGAAUUUAGUUAAAAAGUGAAAGUUUUUAGAGAUGUAUUAGUCCUGAUUUAAUUAGGUAUAAGCAGUCUAUUUCAGUGUCUAGUAAGAAUCUUUUGGACAUUGCAAAAUAGUGACUGAAGUGAUAUGAAACAACUGUUUAAACCAAAUUCAACCCUGUCUUAACCUUCUGUGUGUAGUAAUGUCCUGACAUGUUUGUGUGAAUUUGGACCUUAAACUCGUUAUUUUUCAACUCCACUGUUAAUCAAUUAUAUUGUAUUCAGUUACCGUAUUUCAAUGUCUAUUGAGAACACAAGUCAGUAAAUUAUUGUUUAUUUUGAUAUUUGAUAUUUAGAAUAAAGCUGAAAACAGAGAGAACCGCUUUCUGGCUAUGUGGCAAAGGUUUUGAAACAACAUUUAGACCAUAUUGUAAUAAAAAUAUAAGAAAACAGUUGAAUGAAUAAUUUAGAAAUAUAAAUGUAAAUAAUGCUAAUUAUCUGACAAAUUUGGGUAAUCUGAUUGAAGUGUUUGUUGAAAACAAUGGAAAAACCAGUGAAACUGAAUACAUUAAAAAAAACAAAUCAAAAUACUAAGUAAAAGUGAAAUAUUA